UUCGUCUCUUUCUCAUUUGUGUUUCUUUCCCUUACUUUGUUCUUUCUCUCUUUCUUUUCCCCUCUCUCUAUCUAUCUCUUUCUCUCCUCCCUUUCUCUCUCUUUCUCUGACUCAUUCACGUUGCACUCGUUUGUACUGUAUCAGCCGUGGUCAUAGUCAUAGUCUUAAUCCAUCCUUUCGUUUAUAUUCAUUUCUAUCUUUCUCGCUUUCCGUUCUUUCUUCUCUGUCUUAUCAGGUCAUCUCCUUCUUUCUCAGUCUUUCUUUCUUUCUCACUCUGUUCUUCGAUGCAAAGCAGAAGAAACCCCCGCGGUUGCUCGUUCGUUCUCAAAAGUCUUACUCUCGUUGUCACGCGCUAAAAAUACUCCCGCACAGUCUUCCGAGGGUGUACCAUGCCAAAGGAGUACAAAAAUUAGGACGACAAAAGCAGUCAACGUCGACCUGGAACUGUCAUGGAACUGCUUUCGAGAGUGGCAUGUUAUUUUCGAUGGAUGAGGAACGCAACACCUCAUGAUGCAAGUGAAGCGGAGGACGAACAUAAAACUAUCGAGGAUGAACGGUAUCGGAAUGUCGGGUGCAAUUUCGAAGCCUCUAGCCGACUUUGUAGCAUUUUGGAGAGUAUCCUUCUGUGGGAAAAUUCUGUGAACAGUAUCUCCGUCCUCAUCAUAUUCAAUAUACUGUUUUGGGGUAUUAUUGUAUUAGAAAUUCGAGGGUUUGCUGCAGCUAGUAGUGCUGCACUAUUCACUGUGCUCUGUUAUAGUACCCUGGAAGCUCAUGUUCAGAAGGAGAAUAAAGCAUUGGACACAGCUGCCUCCUAUGCAAAAGCAGAACAGAUUGAAAAAAUAGGAAAAAUAAUAAAAUCUGCAAUUCAUUGGUUGAAACAGUUAAGGAAAGAGCAACCAGGGGUGUUUUGUACUGCAGUAUGCUCUCUUUCUUUGGGCCUAUGGAUUAUUGGUCGUACUAUAAAUGGUAUACUUCUUACAUAUACAAUAUGUAUGAGCAUUUUACUUGGACCUCCAUUACUGUUGAAGUUACCUAGCAAAAUGGUAGUACAAAAAGAGUGGGAUAGUGAAAUUGAAGAAUUUUUACCAGCAGUAACUGAAGACAAUCUUCAAGUUCUUACAAGAGCUGGAGAAUCAGGGGAUCAAUCUCCAACACCGACAAGUGUAUUGUCUGAUGCUCAAAAUGAGUUUCUUAUUGAUGAAGAUCUUCUGGGUCUUAAGAUACCAUCACAUGAAGAUGGAAGUACUGAUGGUGUAGAAGUUUCUGAAUUAGACCUUAGUGCUGAAGAAACUGAUGUGGAUGGUAUUAAAUUUCAAAGUGGCCAUUUUGAAAAAGGAUCAUCUUCUGAAGAAGAAGCAGAACUUGAACCAAUAUCAAGUAAACUAGUUAUUCAUAGUGAUGAAAGUGGUAGCGAAUUUGAAAUAAUUGAUGGUCAAGAUAUUGAUAAUUUAGACGUUGCAUGAAAAUAACUGAUACAUGAACUGUGAAGUUAUUAUGCAGAAUAGGAUUAAGUUGAGAGGUGACUUUGGAUAACGAUUAAGUAAAAUAAUUAUUUUAUUAUAAUUUUAGCUAUUUGCUUAUUUACAAAUAUUUGUGCAAAUCUAACAUAACACAGUUUUGGAUAAGCUAAAAGGAUAUUAUUUUUGUUACUACAGAAAUGAUACAAAUUACUUCUUUAAAUUUAUAAAAACUAAAAAAUUUAUCAGUAAAAUUUAGAUAUUCUUCUUAUGUCGUGCAAAUGAUAGCUUCUCAAUAGUUACAUUGAUGUAUACUUAUACUAAAGUAUAUUCAUGAAAUUGUACAUAUUAUGUGCAACAGAGAGAAUUAUCUUAAUUUUUAUUUUUGAAGAUAUACGAUUUUUGAUGUAUAUAUAUAUAAGAGAUCAAUUGUCAAAAAACUUUGAGGGAAAGAGAUAGAGAUGAGCAAAUAACGAUUGUCAAUUUCAAUGUCGCUUUGACCUUCAUGGCCAAAAAUGGUUUUGUAUAUAUGUAUCACACACAGAAAAUAGUUACCUGCGAAUUAUAAUUAAGAAAUUAGAAACUACAAUAUCCAUUGUGCAGCAGGUAGAAAAUAGAUAAAUAUUAUCAUAGUAAAUAUUUACUCCGUUUUUGAUAUUACAAAAAUGACAUGUAAAAAUGAUUUUAUCUAUCAGGAAUCAAUUUUUUCUACUGCAUAAAUAUUGAAAUAUUGUUUUGUGUUUCAAAUCAAUUACAUAAUUUAAUUUUUGCAAAACAGCUUUAAGUAUUAAAUAGAAUGUAAAUAAUAUGUAUGCAUCAAUAAUAUAUUUUAUUCAUUACAAAAAUCUCACAUUAAAACUCUAUUUAAAACUUAAAGAAUUAGUCAUAAAUUUAUUAAAAAGAAUAUUUAAAAUAAUUUUUUAACAAACAAAGAGAAUUUCCGUAUAAUAAGGUCUAAAUUAAAUUACAAAAUAGCAUAUAUUCUCUAUCUUCAAAUUGGUUACACAUAUUUUGGUAUAAGGUUGCUAUUAAAAAUACCACUUACGUAGACAAUUUUAUUGAUAGAAUUGAUAGGUGAAAAAUUAAUAUCAAAUUUUUAAAUUUAUUGUUAAUUUUGCCCAAAUUUUGCAAAAAGCAUUUAACUGUAUUUCAUAAGUAAUAUUUUAUUCAUAAAGUAUAAGAAUGAACUUUAAUGUGGACAAACAGUGAACAUUAGAAAUUAUUAAAUGAUAAAUCAUUAUUGAAAAGUUUCGUGUUUUGAGGAAUAUAUGAUUUAAAAAAAAAACAAUUUCUAAAUAUUGAAAGUUAUUUUCCAGUCAUGAUAACUCUAUUAUGUCAUACAAAGUAUAAAAUUAUAAUAUUUGAAGUAAUAAUACAAUAAUAAAGCUAGAAUAAUAUAAAACUUAAUUUUAUACAAAUCUAAUUUAUUCUUAUAACUCCGGGUCAAUCAAAAAUAAUUAGUGUAAAUGAUAUAUGUAUGUGUAAAUUUUACAUAAAUAUAGAAUAUUUUUGAAAUUUUCUUGCAAAAUUUGAGAAAAAUUAAUUCAUCUUUUUUAAAGUGUAACAAUUUUUUGUUUUACCUCCACAUUUUUAUUUUGCAUUAGAGAUAUCAUAUUUAAAGUGAAUCUGUUAAAUUACCUUAAAUAAAAGCAGAUAUCUUUAAUUUAUUUAGAUCAUGUGUAUUGAUGCUUUGUAAUUUGUAUUACUCUAUUUCUAGAUUGUAUCCCACAUCUACACUUAAUGUACUUAAUGUCUAAUUUCUUAGAAACAAAAUUUGUCUCUUUUUAUUAGUACAUUUGAAUUUAUGUAUUUUUUAUUUAUAAUAAUUUACAUAUGUGUACAUCAACUCGUGUAUAUAUAUGUAUCUUUUAUAAAAUAUACUACGAUAAUAAAAUAAUUGAUAAAAAAAUAAAACAGAGUACAUAUACUACAAUAUUA